AUGGGUACAAAUCUCCCAAUAAGGGAAUGGAUGUUGAUAAAUUUGCACCAGAUCGCCAGCAAGUCAAGUAGCGAUGGCGAGGAUCCACUGGCCCACGGUCUCGACCCCUCACUGUACGGACCAAAUGCUCCAGUCGUCUGUGCAUCCCCGUGCACCAGCGACCAUGGAGCAGUUCCUUCAUCUUCCUCAUUCAGCGGUUCUGAACCGAGGCCAACCGGACUUGGAUUGUUACAUUGUACACUGCAACAUUUUCCUGUACGAAAACGUCUUCGAGUCUCAAUUCUGAAGAUUGAAGCGUUGGCCGGCCAACUAAAACCGGAAUUGGAGAUGAUGGCAAUAUGCAAAGUAUCCAUACAUGGAUUGAAGACUGGAAAGGAACAAGCAUCAGAAGUCAAACGUGGUCGAGAUCCGAUUUUUAAUCAGGAGUUCUUCUUCGACAAUGUCACCAUCGAAGAUCUUGACACAAAAAACGUUACGGUAGCAGCAUUCCACCAUGGUGGUGCAAAACUGGGCAAAGACUUGAUGAUUGGUGAAGCGACGAUACCAUUGCGAGAAAUUAGGGAAUUGAAUACGAAAAAGGAAAUAAAAAUUAUCGAGGAAAUCAAGCAACAAAUACCUAAGAAACUUGGCAAGAUUUACAUCUCGUCAUGCAUAGAGAAAGAUGCAAAACGGUUGACAAUCAAUCUGAAGAAAGCUGAUGACUUGCCACGAUGGACGUUCUUAGGCGCACCAGAUGUCUGCAUAAAAAUCACAAUGGCUCAAGGCGAUAAACAACAAACUAAAUCGAGUCGAGUAUUGAAAAAUACGACAACAGCAGUCUACAACGAAGCCGUAAUGUUUCUCUUCAAUCCGGGACGAAAAGAAUUGGAAACGACGAAGAUUACGAUAUCUGUGCAUGAUAUGCAAAGAACCUGCACUGGUGACGAUGUGAUUGGUUGCGCUUACUUGGGAGCAUUAGCACAUGAUAAGUCUGAGAUUGAACAAUGGAAGAACACCACCGAACAUCUAGGCAAGGAGUACAAGGGCACACACAACCUGAAGCCACCCCGCCAAGCUCCUCCUGUACAUGUCGCUGAGACUGACGACAAAGAUGGGGACGAAGAUUAAGCUUCAGUUACCGUAUACCGCUACUGCUACUGUAACGCUAGUAUGCUAGAAUACGGUAAUACUUAUUGAAAAACGCAGGUAGCGUGAACCUCCUCUUUAUGUGCGUUUUCCACACUUCGAAUUGUGAAACCUCAUAAAUCACUGUGGAACCUAAAAGUGGCUAGCAUCGCAUUGUGUCUUAUCCCCUGCUAGUUGCUAGCAUACGGGUCGUGAUUAUCGAUUUUUCACACUCUAUUCUGCACUAAUCAAUACGCGUUCAUGCUAUAAGUGAAUUGAUUAUUAUGCUUCAUUUUUUCCAAGAUUGUUUUAAAUCUCAUUUUACUCAUGCAAAUGUGAUGCUUAUUUGUUUAUAUUGGACGCAUAACCUUCUUAUGUAUGUUAUCACCGUCGAUUUUUAUACUGAUAACCUAUGAGUAUUUGUAUAUUAUUCGCGAGCUCUAUCGUUCAGUGGCUUUCAUAAUCGGUUUCAUAUCUGGAUUUCAUACAAUACCC